UCAGAGUACAAGUGCUUAAAGUUAUAUGCCCGAAAUAUACGAGCAAUUAUGGCAGACAACAAUGAAGAGAAGCAGGAGAAAAAGUCCGUACCUCUAAAUCAUGUGGUUGAUAACGAUUCCAACAAGUUGCCCGCUGUGGUUCAGAGCCAGUCGCUGAUUCCGAGUACGUCAACUUCAAAAUCCAUGCAUCAUCUGCCCCCUAUCAACGCAGAAUAUAAUCGUGAAUCAAGCGGACUUAAAUCAUCAAAGCCAAGUAUUUUGCAUUUGAAAAGUACGUCUCAGUAUCAUAAAAAAUGUACCAAGGAAGUAUCCGAAUUUGGAUCAACACCACCUAUCCGGCCAGUGAGACGACGCUUUCGCAAACUGACCGAAAAAAGCGUAACUGAUUACUUGGAUCGCAAUAGACAGUUUUUGGAAGAGUACUUAAUAAAGAGCAUAUCCACCGAUGAACUAGAACGAUGGCUGGGAAAGAAAUACACGCAGACCCAUCCUAUGAGAUUGGAAUCUUUCUUUCGGAAAAAGUUGCAAUCCACAAUUAUUAAUAGUUCUCCAUCGCACAAGGAUAUAUUUAUGGAUUUAAUUCAGAAGUUGCAAGGAAUCAUGGAUGAAUAUUCAUUGAUCCGAGAAGUAGCUUGUAUCGUAACAAAUUGUCUAGGAGUCGAAGCAUACUAUAUCCAUAAGUUGGAUGAGGAGAACCCCUAUACCUAUCAUUAUUUAAGGUUGAAAAUUGAAAAUAAAGUAGUGCUAACAGAGAGAGCUUUUCCUAUGGACAAUACGUUGCUCGAUAACUUUUCAAAGCUGUCGACAGUUUGGCGAUAUUCAUAUGAUCACUCCAAACUGUUUGAAGUUCGUCAAACGGAGCGCAACGACCAUGUGAUUUUUGUGCCAAUUUUCAAUGCUGCUGGAAAAACAAUAUAUAUCAUACAAAUGUUGCACUUUAAGCCACAUUUCAAUAGCAAGGAUGAAGAAUCAUGUUCCAAUUUAAUAUUAUGGGGUAGCCUCACAUUACACUUAUACAAUCUUAGAGAUCGAAGUAUGGCUAACUUUUUACUGGAUGUCGUCAAGGCAAUAUUUGAAGAAAUGAUAUCGCUUGAUCAAGUAAUAAAUAAAAUUCUUGAAUUUGUUCAAAGAAUAGUGAAUGCUGAUAGAGCUUCCCUAUUUCUAGUGGACACUAUUAAUAACCAAUUGGUGUCUACUGUAUUUGAUUUGAAGUUGGUACCAUGUCAGGGUGGAGAGCCACAAAAAGAAAUAAGAAUGCCUAUUAAUCGUGGAAUAGCCGGUUAUGUUGCACAGUCUGGCGAAACGAUGAAUAUAACUGAUGCGUAUUCAGAUAGUAGAUUUAACAGGGAAGUAGAUGAGAUGACUGGCUAUGAAACAAAUAGUAUUCUAUGUAUGCCGGUUAAGGUACAAGGUGAAGUGAUUGGGGUUGUACAAAUGGUCAAUAAACGUGAUAAGAAAUGCUUUGAUCGUGAAGAUGAAGAAGAAUUUGAAAUAUUUUCCACAUUUUUUGGACUCGCCCUUCACCACGCAAGGCUUUAUGAUAAAAUAAUGAGGAAAGAACAAAAAUACAAAAUAGCUUUGGAGAUAUUGUGCUACCAUAAUACAUGCAAGAAACACGAAGUUGAUGAAUUAAUAAAUUAUAAUAAUAAUAUGGACGUUCGAUUGGAUGACUUCUAUUUAGAUCCAUAUAAAUUUGAUGACUUGCAAAAAUGUAAGUCCGUAAUUGCGAUGUUUGAUGAUCUAUUUGCAAUAUCAAAUUUUGAUGUUGAAACUAUAAGCAAAUUUGUUCUGACAGUGAAAAGAAAUUAUAGAAGUGUACCUUAUCAUAAUUUUGAUCAUGGCUGGUCAGUAGCUCACGCAAUGUAUGUUAUAAUCAAAAACGACAAUUGUAAAAGAUUUGAUUACAAAAUGAGAUUGGCCUUGUUUGUGGCUUGUUUAUGCCAUGAUUUAGAUCACAGGGGAUAUACCAAUAAAUACAUGAAUGAAACCGCGUCACCACUAGCAGCAAUGUACUCAACAUCGACUUUGGAACACCAUCAUUUCAAUAUAACUGUUAUAAUAUUACAGCAGGAAGGACAUAACAUUUUUUCACAUUUAUCAAGUGAAGAAUAUAAAGAAAUCUUAGGACAUGUCAAGCACUGCAUUUUAGCCACAGAUCUUGCAGUGUUCUUCCCAAAUUUGAAGAGCAUAAAUGAGUUAUGUGGUCAAGAAGCGACAUCUCCAAAAAUUGAUUGGACUUCACAAAUACACAUAGACCUGGCUAUGGCAAUAUCGAUGACUGCAGCUGAUCUAUCCGCUUCAGCUAAACCAUGGGAAAUACAAAUAAAAACAGUGAAAGUAAUAUUCGAAGAGUUCUAUGAACAAGGCGAUAAAGAGAAAGCAGCAGGUAAAACACCCAUACCGAUGAUGGAUAGAAGUAAGCCUGAAGAACAACCAUCAAGUCAGGUUGGAUUUUUGAGUCAGAUUUGCGUACCAUGUUAUAAUGUCUUGCUUAAAAUUUUACCAAAUACGAAGCCAAUGUAUGAAAUGGCUCUUAGAAAUUUAAAAAAUUGGAAACUGCAAGCAAAACACGUUAAAAAAGCAUCAGAAAUAUGUAAUAGCGAACCAUUAGCAGCCACCUCCGAAACAGAUUUGGAUAACAGAGAGUUAACUUGUGACAAAAACGUUGCAGAAACUGUAGAUGAUACGAUUAUUACUCCUCAUUUAGUGAAUGAUGAAACAUGUGCGCUUCCUGAUAACAAGAUAAGGAAAACUCUCCAAAGUCUGAAAGCAGAAUCAGAGUCAUGGGAUGAGGAUAAAUGCGAUAAAUUAAGUUCAAAAGCAACAGCAAUAUUAAAGGACAUACAUACUGAUGACUUCUCAGGUGAUGAAGACGGGCUGGUCAUAGCAAAGAAAUGAAAUUAACAUAUAUCAACAGAAAUAUUUUCAUGUUAGCUUGUAAGGCAACGUGCAAAAACAAGAGGUGUAAUGAAAUAAUAUUUUUGUUACACUUGCUGUUCUUUUAAUGAUUAUAUCAUUACAUUAAGAUAUUUAAAAGUAAGUAUUAUACUGACAAUUUUUGAUUUAACUAUAAUUUUCAUGCUGAUACUGUAGUUUAAGUAAGUUAAAAUCAAAAUAUAUUUCAUUUCAAGCAAGCAUAUGUAACACGUCCUUUUCGAAUUAUUGUGACCCUCUAGUUUGUAGAACGUGAUAAUAAAUCUGAAAAUUAACAUAAUAGCAACUAAGUUUGAGUAAUCUUACACAUUCAAAUAAGGAUUGAAAAUCAAAUGAACACCUAUCAGGAUUGAUUCCAAGUGCCUUUUUUAGGAGAGCAAAAAUUAGUUUGCAGAUUAUAUUUUUACCACACCUCCACGGAGAGUUCGUUUUUCUGCCCUGUUCUCCGGGAGGGAAGUCACACUUUUCUGGCAACUACUGGCAACUGACAUUACUACUUAUUGUUAUUAUGCAUGCCUAAUUACUUUAUCUAUACAACUUGUUGAUUCUUCACUAGUUAGUUCGAUGCUUUUUGAAUUUGAAGAAAUAAAUAAAUCGAGAAAUAAGUUCUAGAUUCCUCCGAAAUCGAAAGUGAAUUAUUUUCCAAUUAGUAUACUGAAUUUACUAAAAUAAUAGGAACGUGUGCACUAAUUAUCAAAAUAUUGAAUGGAAAGUUGAUGCUUAAUAAAUAGUAUACACACUUCGAGCAGUAAAUAUGAAAGCCUUAGAUAAUUUAUGGGUCUAAAUAGAGCCGCAUUAAAACAGGCAAGGUUCAUAAUUUAGUGGAAAUCCUGAGCUUUCUGUGGUCUGUAACAAGCUAUGUCUUACACUCGCGAAACGUUACUCACUUUGUUUUAAUGUCCGUGCGUUGCUGAAAAUAGAGACUAACUGUUAGCGGAUAUUUUUUUCAAAGUGUAUACAGCUGUCACAGUCUAUCUACACAUAUAAAUGAUCUAAUAAGAAAGCCAUGUAUACAACAAUUACAUGAUAUCUUAUUACAUUUUUUACUUUACUGUC